GACUCCGCGGCGGCCAUCUUGGUUGUGGGCUGACGGUCGCAAGGCUGCGCCUGCGCAAUGGCUCUUCCGCCCAAGCUGUCGCGGCUGUGGCGGCACAGAGUUGAGAGAGUAGUUCUGCGUCGGCGACCACCAUGACCCAGGCCGAGAAGGGCGACGCGGAGAACGGGAAGGAGAAAGGCGGGGAGAAGGAGAAGGAGCAGCGCGGCGUGAAGCGGCCCAUCGUGCCGGCGCUGGUGCCCGAGUCGCUGCAGGAGCAAAUCCAGAGCAACUUCAUUGUUGUCAUACACCCAGGUUCGACGACUUUAAGGAUUGGCCGGGCCACGGACACGCUGCCUGCCAGCGUUCCCCAUGUUAUCGCCCGAAGACACAAGCAGCAGGGACAGCCGCUCUACAGGGACAACUGGCUCCUCCGGGAGGGACUCAAUAAACCUGAAAGUAAUGAACAAAGACAGAAUGGCCUUAAGAUGGUGGAUCAAGCAAUAUGGUCUAAAAAAAUGUCCAAUGGUACCAGGCGGAUCCCGGUGUCCCCUGAACAGGCACGCUCCUACAAUAAGCAGAUGCGACCUGCGAUUUUAGAUCACUGUUCUGGAAACAAGUGGACAAAUACGUCUCAUCACCCUGAGUAUUUGGUGGGAGAGGAGGCCUUGUACGUCAACCCGCUGGACUGCUACAACAUUCACUGGCCCAUCCGGCGAGGGCAGCUCAACAUCCACCCCGGCCCCGGGGGCUCCCUCACAGCUGUCCUGGCAGAUAUCGAAGUCAUAUGGUCGCACGCAAUUCAGAAAUACUUGGAAAUCCCGCUGAAAGAUUUAAAGUAUUAUCGUUGUAUUUUGUUAAUUCCCGAUAUCUACAAUAAGCAACAUGUGAAAGAAUUGGUGAAUAUGAUACUGAUGAAGAUGGGGUUUUCAGGGAUUGUGGUUCAUCAGGAGUCAGUGUGUGCCACCUUUGGGAGUGGCUUAAGCAGCACAUGUAUCGUAGAUGUUGGGGACCAGAAGACAAGUGUGUGCUGUGUGGAGGACGGGGUGUCCCAUCGCAACACUCGACUCUGCCUGGCGUAUGGAGGCUCUGACGUGUCGCGCUGUUUCUACUGGCUCAUGCAGCGGGCCGGCUUCCCUUACAGAGAGUGCCAGCUGACCAAUAAGAUGGACUGCCUCCUCCUGCAGCACCUCAAGGAGACCUUUUGCCACUUAGAUCAGGACAUCUCGGGACUUCAGGACCACGAGUUCCAGAUCCGACAUCCGGAUUCUCCUGCUCUGCUUUACCAGUUUCGGUUAGGAGACGAGAAGCUCCAGGCACCGAUGGCUUUGUUUUACCCGGCGACGUUUGGAAUCGUUGGACAGAAGAUGACGACCUUGCAGCACAGGUCCCAGGGCGACCCUGAGGACCCUCAUGACGAACACUACCUGCUGGCCACGCAGAGCAAGCAAGAACAGUCAGCGAAAGCUACUGCUGACCGCAAGUCUGCCUCCAAACCCAUCGGAUUUGAAGGGGAUCUUCGUGGGCCGGCCUCUGAGCUUCCGGAGAGGCUUCACUCCCAGGAGGUGGACUUGGGCUCCUCCCAGGGAGACUGCCUGAUGGCCGGCAAUGACUCCGAGGAGGCCCUCACAGCACUGAUGUCCAGGAAGACGGCUGUCUCGCUGUUUGAAGGGAAGGCCUUGGGGCUCGACAAAGCCAUCCUGCACAGCAUAGACUGCUGCUCAUCCGACGACACCAAGAAGAAGAUGUACAGCUCCAUCCUGGUUGUGGGAGGUGGCCUGAUGUUCCAUAAAGCUCAAGAAUUCCUGCAGCACAGGAUUCUCAACAAGAUGCCACCUUCCUUCAGGCGCAUCAUUGAAAAUGUGGACGUGAUCACAAGGCCUAAGGACCUGGACCCCCGGCUGAUUGCCUGGAAAGGGGGCGCAGUGCUGGCCUGUCUGGACACCACGCAGGAGCUGUGGGUCUAUCAGCGGGAGUGGCAGCGCUUCGGAGUCCGCAUGCUGCGAGAGCGGGCUGCGUUUGUGUGGUGACAUGGGAUGGCAUCGGCCCUGGCCAAGGCCGGAGACGAGGCCCUCAGUGUGAAGGACUCUCACGGAAGGUGGGGACUCUAAUUUAUUGACUGAGAUGCUCAACUUCACAGCAACGACACAGUCGUUGGUCUGCAAUCAUAAGCUGUUUCUGAAGUCGGUGUUUCAGAAUGAAUAGGAAUGUAUUCCUCAGGAGAAGCCUCCUGCCCUCACAGGAGCCUGUGCUGCUGGACAAGCCCCUGAUGCAGGCCAGCCCCUCCUGCCAGCGGAGCUGCAAGCAUGGCAGCCGCAGGCAGCAGGACACGGCCGUGCCCUGAGGACUGGGCAGGCCCCCUCCCCUCUGCCCAGCAGAACAGCUGGAGGCUCUGUCGCCUGAGCUAGCGUGACGUGAGCCCUCAGAAUUCUAAACAGGAGAAGAGUCUGGUUUUUCUGUUUUUGUUGUAUUGCAAGGGAUUGGGACCCUUCAGGGCUAGGUUUCCAGUCACAGAGAUUCAAGCCUGGGGCUGGCUUUUGCUACCAGACAUGGGAUAGGUUAAUGACAUGAAAACUGUUAUUGACCAAAACAAUACAGAAGCUGGAAGUGAAGUCUUGGUUUUUUUUCCAAAGCCAAAUAGUGACUCGGGUCUCAUGCAGAGUUGACUGCUUGCAUUACACGGACAGUGGCUGCUGGAGCUGCUGUCUUUGCCACCCUGCCCCCAGCUUCUUUCUACCUGCAGGCCCGUUACCGUGGAGCUGAUGUUCUGUGGUCAGCUGGCCUAAGCUGUGUGCAUCGUGAAACAGAACACAGAACACAGCUGAUCACCCGUGGCUCUAGCCCCUAGCGCCCUCUGAGGCUCCCACCUGCUGCCUCCAGCACCUUACUUAGACUGAGAUGGGGGAGAUGACAGAAGUAGGGUGGGAGAAGAGACAGAGGAGUGGAACAUGGGUACGCGAGGACAGGGAGGAAUGCUGGCGUAAACAGCAGCGACCUUUGUGACCGCCAAGGAGGUGAGGCACCAAGAGUCGUCGGAGAGGAAAGUCGUUUCCACUUGUGUGUUGGGAAGUGUGCCUCAGCUUGGAAGUUGUAUGUGCUCUUGUUUUCUCCACACAAUAAACAUGCACAGUGCUG